CUGCAAUCGCUGGCUUUCAACUCCACAAAGCGGGCAUAAGCGGGCACGUGUAAUGGCGACGUGCGUCCAGUUACAAUAAAUCCCCGUAAACACUAAAACAUUUGAGGAAUAGCAAAAUCAACCCCGGCGUUCGUCGAUUCCCGACUCGCGAUGGGUGCCUACUUGUCGGAGCCAGUGACGGAGAAGUUCUCCACCAACGAGGCGGGGAGCCGUAUAUCGUACGGCGCGUCGUCGAUGCAAGGCUGGCGAAUGAGCCAAGAGGAUGCCCACAACACGAUCUUGAAUUACGAUCGCGAGACGUCGUUUUUCGCCGUCUACGACGGUCACGGUGGUGCCGAGGUGGCCAAGUAUUGUGCCAUGAAAUUGCCCGACUUCGUCAAGACAUUGUCGUGCUACAAGGAAGGGAACCUCGAGGAAGCGUUACGGGAGGGCUUCCUUCAGUUCGAUGCCAGCCUGGUGACUGCCACUGGCCUCAGCGAGCUGAAAGCACUAGCCGGGACGAGUUCCGACGACUCGGGGGAAGCGACUCCAGAAGAGGGUGAGGCAGACAUGCUGCAUGCCGAAGCCACAAUGCCCAUUGAAGACCUCCUCGCACGCUACAGCGGCAGAGUGAAGGAAGUUGUAUGCGAAGAGAAAGAUAGCGGAAAGAAAGGCGAAGGAGACGUUGGCGACGGAAGCAGUGCUAUUGACAAACCGGAAUCUCAGACAGGGGAGAAGCUCGUCAACGGGGAGAGCUCGCAGGAAGAGCAGUCAGCGCAGAAAGCCGAAGAUGAAGUCAAAGGUGGAGGUUCAUGCGACGCCGAGGCAGGGAGCUCGGCAUCGCCAUCAGGGUCUGCAGGUGCAGGCGACGAGCAGCCGCCCGAGUCCGGGAGGAGGUCGUCGCGUCGGAACAACUGGAAGCCCUACAUGGCACUGGUCGCUGACCAGGACGCGUCUUCCGAUUCCUCGGAGAGUGGUGAGGAGGAGGAAGAGUCCGAGGAGGAGGAUGAGGAAGAAGCUGAGGAGGAGGAAGAGGAAGGAGAGGAGGAAGCAGACGGGGAGGAGGAAGAGGCCUGUGGCGGCUGGAACGAGCGACUGAAGCGUAGGCUUAGCCAACUGAACACACUGCCAACUGGUGACACUGAAACGGCUGGCUACGACAGUGGCUGCACAGCCGUGGUUGGUCUCGUUCGAGGGCAUCACCUCGUAGUGGCAAAUGCGGGCGACUCGCGCUGCGUUGUCUGUCGCUCUGGCCAGGCUCUGGACAUGUCGCUUGACCACAAGCCAGAAGAUACUGCGGAGUACAACCGCAUCCGCAAUGCUGGCGGUCGUGUCACAAAGGAAGGGCGUGUCAAUGGUGGCCUCAACCUCUCUCGAGCCAUAGGUGACCAUGCAUACAAGCGAAACAAAGAUCUUGAGCUGCGGGAUCAGAUGAUCACCGCACUGCCUGAUGUCAAGACCCUCGACAUCGAUCCUGCCACAGAUGAUUUUAUGGUCUUGGCCUGCGAUGGCAUCUGGAACAACAUGACAAGUCAAGAGGUGGUAGAUUUUGUGAAGCGUGAACUGGACAAGGGUACCCGACCACUGUCUAAAAUCUGUGAAAUGCUCUUUGAUGCUUGCCUCGCCCCAGACACAACAGGCGACGGCACAGGCUGUGACAACAUGACUUGCAUCAUUGUACAGUUCCAUCAAGACAAAGACAGUGGCGACCAAGUCGCCAAUGGCAACAGGGGACAGAAGCGGGCAAUAUCUCCAGACGGUGGGCCCAUUGAGGGCACAGAGAAGUCCGAAAAUGAUGACGUAGAAGAGACUCCAUCAAAGCGGCGCCGUGCUGCUGAUUCUGCGACUGCCAGUGACGUUGAAGCCACUCCUAACUGGUGCCAAAGCUACAGAAGUGACAGAUGCGUAGACGUACAAACUCUGUCAUUCUUAGUUUGUUGUCCCUUUUUUUUAUCUCCCUCUCCUUGCUUCUUUAAGUCUCUUUUUGCAUCACAACUGUUGACUCACUUCAGUUCCGCUUAGUGGAGAGUCCGCGCAGCGCAAGCACUCCUGUCACGUGCGUUCAGCACAAGCGCUUUACAGGAUGGAAAGAAAGCACUUUCCUUUUUUUUUUUUUUUUUUUUUAAUCUCUGCAAAUAUGACCCUUGGCUACAGUGACUCAUGAUUUCAGUCUUAUUUCAAAUUUGGUUGCUCUUGUUGUGGUUGGUAGAUGCUGUAACAAUUUUUUUUUUUUUUUUUUUUGCACAAGCUUACUUUUGAUAAACAAUACAGGUAUGCUUGGAGAAGGCCUCGUGAAGGCAGAGCAAAGGAUUCUGCAUUCUGUAACUUCAGAAAUGUUUUUUGCCCAUGUUGUUGCAGAAGGAGAAGCUUUCUAAAAAUUGUCCUAGCGAGAUCCGUAUUUGCAAGUGGCUUUAUGAAAAACAGAACACAUAUUCUGGUUGGCAGUACCCAUGCUGAAGUGCAGGCCAAGAGUACUUGCUUGCAUACUUGUCUAACGUUACCUUGAUCUCAGCGAGUCGGUUAGUCCUUCUGAGAGCAUUCAAACAGCGCAAGAGAGGGAGGAACAUAGACCGUUCUGUUGUCUCUGUUUCGUUUUAUCUUUAGGCACUGUCGGAAUAUUGUUCAACAGCUGCCCAGCUGAGUGGAGAAAAUUAGUGUCAUUACAUUCUAUUGGUUAGGUAACAGUGCUAUGGAAGUCUAAGCGGUGAAAGUCAAAAGCGUGAAAACACAGCUAAACGUUUGUUGCAGCGGCGGCGUGAGCAAGGCAAUGCCCCUUCUUUCUUUCUUUUUUUUUUUUUUAAUGCUUUGCACAUUGCCUUGGAUUGCCAGUGGAAUAUCUGUUUAGGCACAGAAGCACAUUUCAAGCCAAGGCUUCCAGCGGUAGCAUUUUUCACAAGCAAAGCAGUUCAAUGGCACAUGUUUUCUACCCACAUCAUGUCUGCAAAAGGUCCGAGAGCAUCCUUGUCAAAUGGGUGGGUUAACAGCAAGUUGUUAAUUAUCUUCUGCAUAGUGCGUCUCGCUAGCAAGCCCUUCUGAGGACCCGUGCUGAUAAUUGCAUAAAUUGCCACACUGCACAGCUUGUAAAUGUGAAAGCUUUGUACAUUUGUGACAACUAUACUUCUUUUCAGAAAAUUAUGCAGUGUUUGAGCACAUAUUUCAUGUUAAAUGCAUUGUGUUGUGACUUUAAAAUGUUGGUCGAAGGUUAGUGUCUUGGCCUUCAGUUCAUACUUUUAUUUUUUACUCCCGCUGGCCAUCAUUUCGCUUGUCUCCUAGUGUUCUUUAGAUGUUGUGCAGAGGAACUUUGGUGUUUAUGAUGACGCAUUCAUGGGCGGCAGUCUCAUGCGAAUCAAGCCGCCGCCGACAAACUGUUAUGUUUCAUAUGAUGGUAAGAUAUAUUGACUCUUGUACUGUAAGUUGACUCGCCUGUCACUCAUAUUUUGACUGGCAUACCUUUGUUGAAGUAGAUCACGUGCAAGGCAUACGCUGUUUCAUAAGAGGCAAUGUUAGUGCAGCUUUCGUACUGCGUGUUACCAUCUCAUACACAUGCACAGUUUUUAACACUGGUUAAUUUCUCGUUUGUUGCCCCAAAUCCAUGUGCAAAGAAUGGUACAUGUACAUAUCUCAAGGUACAGUUGCCAGUAUGUUUGCAUUACUAUUCUUUUUUUUUUUUUUUUUUGCAGUCCUGUUAUGUCAUCUUUUAUGCACUGUAUGCUUGUAAAUAAUUGCUGCUAUUUCUCAGACGUGCUGUGUUCAACGAAGAAGCAUCACACAUAAAUAUAAAGUUCAUUGAAGGAGCGAUAUACUGUAUCAUAACUUUUUUUUUUUUUUUUUUUUAGAUAUGCUAGAUACAGUGCAUCAGCCAUUAUGACACUUCGACAUGUGUAGCGGGUUGUUACACAACAGACAUUUUCUCUGUCCAAUUCAAACCAAUGAAAUAAGAAAACGUGAUAAUCUGCGUGGUUCUGUGUACAAACUUCCAUGGAUGGCUGCUGUUGCUUUUGCUGCACUCGUUCAAUUUCAAACUGUGAAAAAAAAAAUGAUUCUUAUGAAAUUGCAUUCAAAGUA